AGAAUUUCUUAUCAAUUUUCAACAAAACACAAGUUCUAUGAAAAAUGGUACAGAUUUAUUUGGCAAGAAAAAGUUGAUUUCUUUUUCAGAAAAACUUCCAGAAGGACUAUUAGAAGAACUGUUUGAAGAAGAUAUAGAAAGUCUUGAUGAAUUAGAUGAUUUAGAUUAA